CGGUUCUCGGGAAUUCAGCCCCCACGCCGCAUCUGGUCGGGGCACGGGCAGUACCGGACUCGUUCUCCUUGUUUUCUCAUUAUCCACCAUCACGUUGACUAAAUUCAAGUCAAGUCAUGCCGUAUUAUCCUCUCCCAAUCCCCAGCCAUGUUAUCGAUGAGAUCGAAAAUGAGGAGAGACAAAUGGGAGUACCCGAGGAGGAGAUAGAGCGGUGGGCCGGAAACCGAGCUACCAUCCACGGGCUGUGCGGUCCCAUCAACGCGAUCUAUGAGUCCGGCACGCCCCUCUUCACCAAGGCCGCCAUCCGCGACCUGGUCCGGGAGAUCGACGAGUCCGGCAUGCGGCGUAUCCAAACCGCGCCGCUCUCGUUACACUUCUCCAUCACGGGUAUCGACGGCAGGACCGUAGACUUCCCCAUCCAGCUCGGCGUCAAGCACCCGCUCCCUCCACACUGGCCCCAACGCGCCGACGGCUCGGUGCUGAUGGACGCCAUGCUCUUCAUCGACCUCCGCCCGGCAGACUACUUGACCUCGACCGCCUUCAUCAACGUCCACGACUUCGACCAUGACAAGGCCUUCCUACCCAUAACCGUACGCGCAGUACCCAUCCCCAUACACCCAGGCACCGGCGAGCCCGUCCCACAACCCCCCCUUCCCCGCUCGGCACCAGAGACACUUGCCACCCUACAGCAAGCCCAAGCUCAAUGGAACAGCGGCGCGGCCUGCCGCGAGCUGGUGGCAACCCUGCAUAGCGCAGCCGAGGCACGGCAAGCAGCUGGCCUCGCCCCCCUACCACACGUCGACAAGGUGGUCGCGUUCGCGUGCAACCAGCUCUCGACGACCGAAGAUGCCGGGCGGGUGGCGGCGGAGCACGCGCUGGUGCUGAGCCUACGGGAUUUCUUUACUACGCAUACGCAGCGGCGCGACCCCGAGACGGCGGGAGUGGUGCGCUGCUACGCGCAGGAUCCCGCAUACCAGGACGUUGACCGCGCGGUGCUGGCGGAGGUGGGGGUUACGGUGCUGGACCACCCGCGCGGGUUUCUCGAGGUGGACGAGUCUGCGGUGGUGUUCUCGCUCGCGCCGGAUGUGGCGGUGCGGCAGGUCGUGGCGGAUCUUGCGCGGCCCGCGGUGAUGGUGUGGAAUAGGGUGCGGGAGAUUCCACGCGAGGGGGAUUGGGUUGGUCGGGCGGAGCGAGCCGAUAAUAUCUCUCCCCGCGUGGAGGAGAUGAUCAAGGACUACACCGAGUUUCCGUUUCCCGCGGACCUGGCCGGUUUCGGGUCGUCUUUGGCCAUUUACGUUCGGAAUUACUGACGGCGCGGCAUGAACAGUUGUAGGAUACAGGCUGUCAGCAGCUAGAGGGGCACUUCCUAAU